AUUGAAAGUAAUAGAAAUAUAUGCAGAUAUCAUGGAAUUUAAAGAAAGCAAAAUCAGACAAAACAUACAGCACCUCGUGUCGCUGAUAGAAAACCAAUGUGAACAGAAGAAAUACCUUGAGGCAUUUCUUCAAAAGAAGCAAUUGCAAGAAAACGAUGUUGAGAAUCUACUCAAGUUUUUAAGUUCCUCAUUGUUGGAGGAGAAUCUAACAGUUCCUAUAGCAUUGGCCUUUGAAGAUUGUUUGUUGUUGUUGGUAACAAAUGCGAUUGCUGAUAAUGAUGUUCAGGACGGCAUCAUUUGCGCUGCUACCGGUGAAAAAUUUCUUGAAUACCAAUGCAAAGCCGUGGCCCUAGCCAAGCUCAUGCAUUUAUCCUUAAGUGUAAAAAGGAUACGCCCUCAAAUACUUUUCCAACAAGCCACCUUGCCCAAUGAAGAAACCAUUAUCAAAAGCUGUUAUCAUCUACUCAAAGCCAAUGUUAAUUAUUUCAAAGAACUAUGGAAUUGGUCUGAUUUUAUUGAACGUUAUUCAAUGGUCCAUGAUAAAACCUCGCUACUGAAGUUGUAUAUAAAUCACAUUUUGGCCUUACACAAUAUGAGUCCCCAGAAAUUACGUGCUCUUAAUGCUGACAUACCGGAAGAGUUGCUUUUGGAAUUUGAUCGAGAUUUGUCAACACUCAGACCCAAUGCCAACGACUCCAAACGUAUUAUAAACAUAGAUUUGAAUUCCUCCCUGGUUACGAAUAUUGAAGGUGUACUUUUGCCAAUUUUCAAUAGGGCCAAUUAUGAAUUCUAUUCGAAAACUGAUGGUCUCCAUGAUAAAAUUGUACGCGUUGAUUCAACUAAAGUAAAUCUACGUAGCAUUGCCUUGGGCACCACAGCUGGCAAGGCAAUAUGUUUGUCCGGACCAGUGGGUUGUGGUAAAACCACAUUAGUGGAAUAUUUAGCCCGUAAAACUGGUAGAAUAUGCCAAAACAACAGGAAAUUGAAAUGAAAAAGAUUCCAAGAUUUUAUUGUCAAAGGAAAAUCAACAAAUGGUCACUCGAACAUACCCAAGGUUGGUGCUAACGUAAAACUGCCGAGCUGUGAUGAAUGGCUACUGGUUUUGCUCUUGGAAGAUUUAGACAGUGCCACAACGGAUACAUUUACAGCUAGUGGUUUGUUGGAAAACCAAUAUCUCAGUGUUCGCUUCAGAGACUGUGUAAAGAUCGCUCCCGGUUUCCAGCUUUUUGUGACAGUGAGAAGCAGCAAAUCCUCGUCAAAUUCUUCCACAAAAGCCCUGUUUUCGUUGUUGGAAAAAUACUUAUACACCAUCAAUAUUUUACCUCUAUCUCGAAUGAAUUGUGCAAAGUGGGUAAGCACGAACUAUACCAAAUUGGCAACCGUGGCCAAUCGCAUUGUUGAUGUCUUCCUCACAUUCUCCAAAGGCAAUCAUGAUGUUGCCGAUAAUCUACGCCAACAAGAGACCGAAGAUCGUGCCAAUACUACGGAACAAUAUCUACAAUUACCUCACGAGGAGAUAAAUUUAAAUUCAGUUACCAAUUCUGGACGUUUGGUGUCCACGCGGGAUUUAAUUAAACUCUGUCAAAGAUCAAAUCCUGUAUUCUCUGUAACCAGUGCGGAAUGUGCUUAUUUUGUGUUUCAAAAUGCCGUCGACAUCUUCUGUUCCUUGCCUCACAGCAAAGAGGAAAACCAAGCUAAUACGAGUAUCGGUGCCAAGUUGGGUAUCAUACAGUCGCGUUGUGAACACUUUGCCGAAGAAUAUAAGCCGGAGGUGCAAUUGCAAGCCGAUCGAAUAAAGGUGGGUCGGGCUGAAUUACAGGCCGCUCACCAGUGGAAGAGAUCAACACCUCCGUCAACGGAAAGGGUAGAAGAACAGGCUAUUAAACGUUUCAAACUUUCCAAUGGCUCCGAGAAAUCAAUAAGCACUCGGCAAAGAGCUGCCACUUUUUCAUUUACACGUUUAGCAUCGUGCUUGUUGGAACGUGUAGCGGUUUGUGUGGCAAAUGCAGAACCCAUACUUUUGGUUGGUGAAACAGGUGUGGGCAAAACUUCAUCGGUGCACUAUUUGGCGGAGAGGACCAAGCACAAAUGGGUUGUCAUCAAUAUGAAUAAUCAAUCGGAUGUUUCGGAUUUGGUAGGCGGCUUCAAACCUGUGGACUUGGCCUGUGUCAUUGCCCCGCUUCGUACUGAAUUUGAAAUACUGUUUCGCAAACCUUAAUCAAACCAAAAUGAGGCAUUCCUAACGAAUUUGCAUUUGCUAUAAUCAGGCAAUUUCUCGGUGGUGGUGAAGCUAAUGUUGAAGAUCGGCCAGACGGUCUUUGAAAAGUCCGAACGUAAUGAAUUGAGAGAGAAAGAUUUGCUAUGCUGCCCCCGCUGGUUAGAUUUGAAAAUCAAAUUGCACAAACUCAACAAUCAGCUGAACAAAUCGAUAAACAUUUCCUUUGCCUUUAUUCCGGGAUCCUUGGUGAAAUGUAAAAACGGUGAUUGGGUGUUGCUUGAUGAAAUCAAUUUGGCUUCAGCUGAGACAUUGGAAUGUCUGUCGACAAUUCUUGAGCCUGAGGGUUCAGUGGUGUUGUUGGAAGGUGACUUUAUACCCGUCAAGAGACAUCCAGAUUUUCGUAUAUUUGCCUGUAUGAAUCCCCAAUACAGAUAUUGGCAAAAGGAUUUGUCCGUGGGAAUACGUAAUCGUUUCACGGAAUUCUUUGUGGAUGAAGUAUCUACCGAGGCGGACUUAAGUCUGCUGAUAUCUGACUAUCUCAGUGCCACUGGCAUACAAAAGAAGAGUGUCAUGAACAUUGUAAAGUUGUACAAGAGACUAAAACAAUUGGCAAAAUUGGAACUGAAUGAUGGUCUGGGCAAUAGGCCAGUGUAUUCCUUGCGUACCCUAUGUCGUUCUUUGGCCAUAUGUGCCAAAAACCUUUGCGGUUCGAUCGAGAGAAAUCUUUACGAAUCUUUCUGUUUGAGUUUCUUGACACAGCUCGAUCCCGUGUCGCACAAUGUGGUAGAACAUCUGAUAAAGGAGGCAAUGUUGAGCAAUGCCAAGGCAAUACUGAGCCAAGGUAUACCCAAGCCUGGAGAACAAUACUUGAACUUUGAAGGCUAUUGGAUUCAACAAGGACCCAAGGAAUUAGAAGAAUGCAGCAGUUAUAUUUUGACAGACAGUGUCAAAAAUAAUCUGAGAGAUUUGGCUCGUAUUAUCUCGAUUGGAAAACUGCCCAUUCUGCUGCAGGGUCCCACUUCGGCGGGUAAGACAAGUUUAAUUGACUAUGUGGCCCGUCGCAGUGGCAAUCACUGUUUGCGUAUCAACAAUCAUGAGCACACUGAUCUGCAGGAAUACAUUGGUACCUAUACAGCAGAUACAUCGGGAAAUAUCCUUAAAGAGGGUGUUUUGGUACAGGCCAUGCGUAAUGGCUAUUGGAUUAUCCUGGACGAAUUGAAUUUGGCUUCAACGGAAAUUUUGGAAGCCCUUAAUCGUGUGCUCGAUGACAACAGGGAACUUAUACCCGAAACACAAACUGUGAUCAAGGCUCAUCCCAAUUUCAUGCUCUUCGCCACAAAUCCUCCUGGCCUAUACGGUGGUCGUAAGACACUAUCUCGUGCCUUUAAGAAUCGUUUUAUUGAAUUACAUUUUUCCGACAUUCCACGCAACGAAUUGGAAAUCAUUUUGGAAAAGAAGUGCCUUAUACCACCCUCGUAUGCCCGCAAAAUGGUAUCCUGUAUGGUGGAUUUGCAAAAGAAUCGAAAGACCACAACGAAGAAUGUUUUCACCCUGCGUGAUCUGUUUAGGUGGGGCAUACGUUACACAUUGGCGGAUAAACUCUUGCAGGAUAACAAUUAUGAUUGGAAUCAACAUUUAAUUGAGGAAGGUUAUUUGGUGCUGUCAGCCAAAGUUCGCAGCCAAAUAGAAAUUGAAAUAAUUGAAGAAGCUUUGUUUAAAAACUUCAGGAGAAAGAUUGAUUUGUCCAGGCUGUUUGAUGCCAAGACGGAUGCAAAUCCUUCUCGUAACCAAAGAUAUAUUGAAGCCAUUAGAAAGUUCACCCAACGUUCAGAUAUUGUUUGGACUCGGAAUAUGUCAAGAAUGGCAGUGCUAACAGCCAAAGCUUUGCAGUUCGAUGAGCCUGUGUUGCUGGUGGGUCCUACAGGUUGUGGCAAGACCACUGUGUGCCAGAUAUUGGCUGCAAUUAGAGGUGUCAACUUGAGAAUACUCAAUUGCCACAUGCACACUGAGGGAGCUGACUUUUUGGGUGGUCUUCGUCCGUGCCGCGCAAACUGAGGGAGAGAAAACUCCAAUGCAAAACUGUUUGAGUGGACCGAUGGCCCCUUGAUUCAAUGUAUGCAGGAAGGUUGCUACUUCAUGGCUGACGAAAUCUCGCUGGCUGAAGAUUCUGUUUUGGAACGUUUGAAUUGUGUUUUGGAACCGGAACGCACGGUGCUCUUGGCUGAAAAGGGAGGUCUCACAAAAUCCUCCAGUGAUACGGAAAUUGUUAGUGAAUUUUUGGUCAAGGCCAAAGAAGGUUUCCAAUUCUUGGCCACCAUGAAUCCCGGUGGAGAUUUUGGCAAAAAAGAACUUUCUCCAGCCCUGCGUAAUCGUUUUGCUGAGAUUUGGUGCCAACCAUCUGACUCACGGGAAGACCUCAUACAAAUCGCCAGCAAUUGCAUAUUGAAUGAACAGAAAGACCUGAACCUGGACAAGAACGAGGAUAAAAUAGCCUCGUUCAUUGUGGAGGUGGUGCUGUAUAUGAAGGAUGUUAUAGAGAAGUUUAAAUACUCUGUACGUGAUAUUCUAGCCAUGGCCAACUAUUUGGUGAGAAAUAAGUCCCUCAGCUUCCCUGAAAAAGCAGUUUUUGGCUUGGAAACUAUUUUCUUGGAUGCUUUGGAAAUGCUGACCAACGACAGCAUGGAUAAGGUAGAAAAUCUACGUCUGCAAAUCCUGGAAUAUGCCAUCAGGCAGGCCAAUGUAAUACUCAAGGAGAAAUUUACCCUAAAUGAGUUGAAAGAGAAAAAAGGAAUCAGUGUUGAAUACACGGAGGACAAUCGAUUUGGUAUUAAACCCUUUUUCAUUGAAACUAAUCUGCAACAGCAGGGAGAAGUUGUGACAAAGGGCCAGGAUUUCCUGUUCGAUGCACCCACCACCAAGCAAAAUCUCUUCCGUUUGUUGUCGGCCUUGUCAUUGCAAAAGCCCAUUCUGUUGGAAGGUCCGCCCGGUGUGGGAAAGACCUCCAUUGUAGAAAAUGUUGCCCGGGCCAUUGGCUAUAAUGUGCGUAUUAAUUUGUGUGAACACACCGACUUGGCAGAUCUGUUUGGUACCGAUCUGCCGGCUGAAGACAAUAUUUUGAACUCACAACAAGAGCAACAAGGAGAAGGUGCCACAAAAUCCCCUCAAAUUGGCUCAUUUGUAUGGCGUGAUGGUCCCCUUUUGUCGGCCCUCAAAGCUGACCACACAUGGAUUCUGCUGGACGAAUUGAAUUUGGCCCCACAAUCAGUGUUGGAGGGUCUCAAUGCCAUAUUGGAUCAUCGUGGUGAGGUGUAUAUACCAGAACUGAAUAAAACAUUUUCCCUCAACAAACAGACACGAAUCUUUGCCAGUCAAAAUCCCCUGAAACAGGGCGGAGGACGUAAGGGUUUGCCUCAAUCCUUCCUGAAUCGUUUCACCAAAGUCUAUGUAAGGAAACUUACUACCGAAGAUUUGCUGCAUGUCAUCGAGGGCAAAUAUCAGUCACAUUUUGCUGAAUUAAUGCAACAAUUUGUGGCAACUUUGCCGGCAGAUAAUGCCGGUGUCUUAAAGGGCAACUUAUUUGAUAUCCACAAAGCUUUGAAGACCAAUUGCCCAACGAAUGGAGGAGAUACAGAUGAAAUCACUUUCGAUAUAGCUUUGCGUUUGGUACGCUUCUCGGAAACCCUAGAUCGUGGCAUUACCACCAUGGAAUUCGGCUAUCGGGGUGGUCCAUAUGAAAUCAACUUACGUGAUAUCUUGCGCUGGUGCGACUUGCUAAUUGGUCCCAAAACGGGUUAUACUGUGCAAACGCAAAUGACAUUCCAACAAAAUUUCGAUAAUUUCCUGUUGGUGCUCUACGAACGCAUGAAAUUGGUCUAUUAUCAGCGAAUGCGUUGCGACCAGGAUAAGCAGUUUAUACGCAAUGCCUUUGCCCAAAUAUUCCAAUGUGAUGUCGAUCAUUUGAAUGAGAUCUCUGAGGAUGUGAGUCUCUAUUGGACAGCGGAUAGAAUUUAUAUCAACGAUAUAGUCCUGGAAAGGGAUACAAAUCCUUUGCGUUCUUCGAAAGAUGCCAGCGGUGAAUCGUUGCCAUUGUUGUUGGCCUCUCAACGGGAAACGUUGAAGAAUGUCAUUGAAAGUUUGCACAUGGAAAAACCGGUACUGUUGUGUGGCACCACCGAUUCAGGAAAGACGAAAAUUAUUGAUGCCGUCUGUUGUCUAUCGAAUCAAUUGUGUAAUACGGAUAAUAUUGAUGAUUCCGUAACGGGAAGUUUUCAACAGAUUGAUUUGAAUCGUCAUUUGGAGGAAAUCUCAAAACAAGUAGAAACCAUAUAUUUGCAUUUCAUACAAGAAGCGAUUCUGGACUCAGGAUCAAGCUCCUCCACUAAGCGUAUUAUUGAGGUCUAUGAUUCCUGGAGCAAUUAUAGUAUUUUAUCAAAUUCCAAAUGUGAAUUCCGUUCAAAAUCUGUUGUAUCCGAAGAAUUAACCAUUUACCGCAAACGUAUAGCCAAUCUAAAUAACUGCAUCGAGAAAUUAUGCCAACAUCUAAGCAGCACAAAUGAGAAAUCUUUGGGUGUUUUAAAAAAUCUGCAAAACCUGCUGCUGCUUCUCAAGGCUCAUGUGGAAAAUGCCGAUACCUUAAAUACCGGAGGCUAUUUCGAAUGGGUUGAUUCGCAAAUAGUACGUUCUUUGAAAUACGGCCAAUACAUCUCGCUGGAACAUGUGAAUUUGUGCUCCUCUGCCGUUUUGGAUCGUUUAAAUCCUGUAUUCGAACCCAAUGGCUGUUUGAUGAUCUCCGAAAAGGGCGUUUCCAAAGACAGUGAUCUCACAGAGAUUGUCAAAAAAUCACCAAAUUUCCGAGCCUUCCUGACAAUAGAUCCCAAAAAUGGUGAACUCUCAAGGGCCAUGCGUAAUCGUUGUGUUGAGCUGGCAUUGGCCGGUAAAGAUUGCCUGGAUGUUGAUGACAAACGUUUGUUGGUUUAUAAUCAGGGCAUCUACGAUUUAAAUGCCAUCAAUACCCUGAUUGCCAUACACGAGGGAAUUUCCGAGCUGACCGAAAUCAAUAACUUCAGUGUAUCUCAUCUAAUACAAAUGGCAUUCUUGGUGGCCUCCUAUCAACGCAUUGGCUAUCAAAUACAAAGGGCAAUUUAUGUUAGUGCCAUGGAGGUAUAUGUCUAUUCGGCCCAUAUUGAUUUAAUGGGUUAUGGUUUGGCAUAUUAUCAAAAUAAACUAAGAGAAGUUGUGGCGGAGCAGUCACAAAAGUAUGCCGCCGCAGAAACAGAAGAACAACAAGGAGAAGACUAUCUCCAGGAUGUUUUAUUAAAUUGCAAUGACUUAAAUGAAAUGGCAAUGAUUAAAUUGCAAUUGGUUCCAUUGCGUAUCGCCCUGAAAACAGGUAUUACAUCUAGCCAACAACUGAAGGCAGUUUUGCAAAAAGUAUUUACUGGAUUCUCCCAAACAAAAAUGGAAAAUGUACAACUGGGAACUCUUUUCAAAUAUGUUGUUUACAUUCUAUACGAAACCAGCUCCCUAAAGGAUUUAAAACUAAGACACCUGAUGCUUAGUCAGUUAUUGGGAGAAAAUUAUCCGGAAUUGAAACAACUAUCAGAUGAUUUAUAUGAAAGCAUACAAACAGGUGCUCAAGAACUGGGUAUCUCAGCAGCAGCUUCAAAGGACCUACCUUGGAACCCGAAAUUAUAUCCACGUAUACGCGACUAUGAUAUGGAAACUUUGCGUCUAUUGGAUAGCAAAUCCCUGGGUCUUAGUUCAACAUUAAUUGUUAAGACAUUAUUACAUGACAUUCCCCAUGAAGCGAUCAACAAACUAAGCAACAUCAAUGCCAUUACAUAUUCCCAAGCAGUGGUCAGCAGAACCAUAACCGAUAAACUAAACAAUGAAUUUUUACAAAACUAUUCGUUAUUAAUGGAUAAUUUGCAAAAGGUUUUGAAGAGUUCUUUGAUGAAGCAGCAAAACCACCUCGAUAUGAAGUCAUUUAUUGCCCUACACACCGCGGUGUUGUGGUUUAAUCGUCUUUUGGAGACUUCCAAAGGAAAUGUUUUCCACAACAAAGAAGUCAAUGUCGAUUUGAUGGAUAAACUUCAAUUACAUUUCAAAUGGUUGGAUAAAAAAUUGUGUAAAAAUAUUGAAAAACUAUUGCCCGCGGACGAGGCAUUGCAAGCAUUAAAGCAGAGCUUGGAAAAUGUGCGAAAUUACAUUGAAAGCGUUAAACAUCCGUUGAAUAUUGUGCGUAAACUCUAUGCCAAACAACUAAUGCAGUUCCAGCCGUUUUAUAGAGAAGAGCAGAUACAUUUGUUUAGCAUUGCCCAACAAAUGGAUCAAUUACUCCAAUUGAUUCCCCAAUAUGGAAGUUUCUCCGCCGAUGAUGUGGCUCGGAAGUUUUCAAUUUUAAAUGACGAUAACAGACGCAAAUUACAUGCCCUGCUACAGAAACAUUAUCGAAAAUAUGAUUUCUCAAAAUUCAAUGAAAUCCACUUGGAUGGAGGUGAGGGAAGCUUUGUAGCAGAAAAUUUGAAGCAAGAAUUGCAACGUUUUAUUAGCAAUUGUUCGCGGGAUGGCAAUAAUGAGAAUGACGAUGAUGCUGAAAUCAUCUCCCCCGAAGAUAUUGUUGCAAUUGAGGAAGAAUUGAAAAAAUUGGUCUCAUCUCUACACGUUGAACAUCCCGAUGAAAUGCAGGUUGAUCAAGUUCUGGAGAAGCCCCAAGAAAUUGAUUUAUUAAUUUUGUCAUUGAGAGAAUUCUAUUUGGUCAAGUAUUUCAUGGGCAUUUUAUACAAUACCCGCUUGGAGCAAAUCCCCCAAGUCAGCUAUGAAUACUGUGAAGAAGUUGUUAGUCUUAACAACAAUUCGUUGGCAUUACUGAAUACCCUUAAUUCCAAGGAGUAUCAGAUGUAUCGCCAAAUGUUACAACAACUUGGAGACAAUUUGAUUUCAGCUGAAAACAUGCAGCAUAUUGUGAAAUAUUUAAAUGGUGGCUAUCGCCAGUUUACCACACUACAAAGAUUGCUGGAGAAUGCUUUGAUAACUCUGCAAAUGUCCAGCAUAAGUUCCAGGGGCAAUUUUAUGUUAGCUUUACGUAAUAAUGAGGAUAUUUCCAGUAUAAAUGCCUACCAAGGACCCUGUGUGAUAAACACCUUGUGUGACUUGCUUUUGGCUCCAGAUGGUGGCUUUAAAGCGGUGCCACUUUGUAACUUGGAUCUGUGGCGCAACUCUUUGGAGAAACUUAAUCAACUGAUUUGGCAUAAUUCCUCAAUGAUGUCGUUGAGUUAUUGCGGCCUAGAGAAUGUUGCAAAAACAGCCAUGGCCAAGGCUAAACGUUUAAUUUUGGAAAUCGACUAUGUCCGGGAAAUGGCAAAAGACAAGGAAGUUAUGAAUGCCAACAAUUACAUGAUGGGUUUCCAGAAACUCUUUACAAAACUUAAGGAAGAAGUUUCGAGGAAACAGGAGACACAAAUGCCAGCUAUUCACAGAUCCCUGGCAAAUCAACAAAAACAAUUUGCUGCCGGAAUUUUGACUACCCUAAGUGGUGCCUUGGAAUUGUGUUUGCUCACCUUUACGCCUCUAAUAGAUCCGGUGGAGAAGAGUCGUUUGAAAAACAAUUAUCUUUUGGAGGAUAUUCAAUGCCUGCUGACCAUGUCCGUGGCCUAUGAAUUCCUAAGAAUUCCCAUGAAAUAUAAACAUCUUGGCCAAGAGAUAUACGACUCAAUGCAAUUAAACAUUGAAGAGUUAAAACAAAAACAAAGUAAAUUUGAGGAAAGAGUUGCCCUAAGGCCCAAUAAGUGCCUGUACACCAAUUUGGUUAAGGAUCUCAAUCAUUUCCUCAGUACCAAUUGUGAUCCCAAUGUUUUGUACAAUUUCAUUGAAAGCAUAGAACUGAUUUGGUCACAACUCACAUUGGAAGCGGGGCCACAUGUCAGCCUUAAAUCUGUAGAUGCCUGCAAUGAAAUAAUAAACAAAUUAGAUUUAUGGCUGGCCAAUUCCCAGCGUUUCAUCCAUCACACCAUGAAACCCUAUUAUGGUCAUUAUCAAGACUUUAUGCAGCCCAUACAAUGUGCCAUUAAUCAAUUGAGUUUGGGUUUCGCUAACCUUAAAACCAGUCUAACGCAAGUCAAAGAAGCCAUGCUGCCCUCAUCCACCAAUAGGGAGCAACUCAACAAUGUCAAUGCCAAUGGAAAACUGCAUAUGGUCUUGGAUAACAUUAUGGAGUUCCCCAGCACCCAAACAUUGGCCAUUUACAAUGUCAACUCCUUCAAGGACAUAUUACAAAAUCGCUGUCCCAUUUUUAGUAUUUUGAAUGAAAUACCCGGAAGUGAAAGGGAUUAUUUCGCCUUGCUGAAAGCCAAGUUGUUGGAACUAAAGAAUCGUGUAAAUAUUUCCAGUAUUCUCAGUGAGGAGCUGUACCGGGAGUUUGAUUUCGCCUUUAAUAUCAUCAAUCAAAUAUGGCAGCAGGAGGAAGAAAGGAGACGCCAAAAGAAAAAAGAAGACGAAAGCCUGUAUGCCACAAAGACCAAAUGUCAAGAUGAGGAUGAGGAAUUGCAAGAGCUGCAGGAAAUUGAGGAAAUGUUCCCCACCGGAUUGCAAGAAGAUUUUGGCGAAUUUGUGCAAGAAGACACCCUGGAGAAGGUCAUGAAAUUGGACAAAAAGAAAACGGAGAAACUGAAGGAUUUAAAAUCGCCCAUUGUUAAGGAUGAAGACUAUGCUUUCAUAGCCAAUAGUUUUGCUGAAAUUUUAAUCAGUUACUCCCAGGCCUACUAUCAUCAGCGCAGCAAGGCUACAGAGAAAUUAGAUUUUGUGGAAUAUUUCCAAAAACGUUUGGCAGUAUUUUCACGUAUCUACAACAACUAUCGGGCAGCUGUUAAUGAAUGCAUGGAUCAGCAAUGCUACAACAGUUUUUGCUUCAGCAUCAGCCUUCAACAGGACCUGCUGACCGAUAAUUGCAACUACAAAUUGCCACAGAAGCAACACACCUACAAUUUUUACAAAGAUUCCAAUAUAACGGGGAUUCUCAACUGCACAGAUGUGUUGACGGCCAUUGAAGAACGUGUCGACACCGAGUUGGAAUUAUAUCCCGAACAUGCCACACUUUUCGAUAUCAAGAGGAUAAUUGCCCGCAUACGCCUCUUGCCAUCGACGGCCUCGGUGGUACGUUUCAAUACCGGCUUCCAGUUGUUGAGACAGAAGGUGGCCCAAUGGAAUGAGGUGGCCCAUAAAAAUAAUCAUCUCAAAGCAGAGGAACAAGAAAUUGCCGAAUAUGUACAACGCUGGACCCGCCUCGAGUUGCAAUUCUGGCGCAAUUGCAUGUCUCAAACAGAGGAGAAAGUGGAAACCUCAGCCUAUAAAUAUUGGUUCUUUAUUUACAAUCUUUUCCAAGAGUAUUUGGCUGGCUGUGAACUGGACAGCUCUCUGAGUAACAUCCGGGAUGCAGAAAAACGUUUUGCCGAUUUGGAGACUCAAGAACCAGAGGACAACAACCCUUCACCAGUGGGGGCGCCGGCGGCGACAACGAAAGUGGAUCUUAAAGAUAUUCUGCAAAUCCUUAGACAAUUUGUGGAAUCAUCCUGUUAUGGAGAUUUUGAGAUUCGCUUACAAUUAUUGUUGGCCUUUGAAUUGUAUCUACACAACUCUCUGACCUAUUCCCAGGAGAAGCAGGAGGAUGAGUUCCAUAAACUACAAUUGAUAUAUGGCCUACGCAACCUGCAAUUGUAUUUCUCACAAUUUAGCAAAGAAAUUGUGGAACACAACAAGGCUGUAAGGGGUCCCAUCGAAAAGAAACUAAAGGAAUUGGUUAAAAUCGAAAGUUACAACAAAGAUUUGUCCUAUUUCAGUAUGCGAAACAAUGUGGCCAGGGUUCAUCGCAAUCUGAAUAAAUUCCUCAAGGAAUAUGAAAAAUUGUUGAAAGAGAAAAUAACAGCCGUAUUCCAACCCCAGGAUGCCACAGCCAAGGAUUACAAUAUGGCCAAUGAUAAAGGUAAGGAUUUGAGACAGGAUUCAACGAUACAAUAUUGUCGUGUGGAUGGCAAAAUGUUUAUGCUGGCACAGAAAUUGAAACCUUUUGGAAAUUCGGGAGAAGAGGAAAAUGCCACCAAUACCUCCUCUACACUCUUGAAUAAGGUGCAAAAGCUCUUCAACACAUCGAGAAAUGUGGUUAAGGAAACGGUUUCCAAUGCCCUGUAUCCCAGAUUAACCAUAGCCCUGGAUACAUUGCUAAGUGAGCAACUGGAAAGAUGUGAACAUUUACGCAAUCUCACAGUGGACCGCAGCAAGGAGCGUCCCAAACAAGUUCUCGAGGCCAAAUCCAUAUUACAACAAAAACGCAAAGGUCUCACCGAUCUCUUUAAGAUUCUCAGCAAUCUGGGGUUGAAUUACAAGACCGGCUUGCUGGAAUUACAAAUGCGUACCGAGUUUGAGGACUUUACCCUGCCAGCCUUUUGCAUAAAGACCAUGUGCCUGCACUUGGGCAAAGCCAAGCAACGUCUACAGCCACAAAUGUUGCAAUUGAAUGAAAACAUCGAUCUCUAUUUCCACAAGAGUGUAUUCAAACUGAAACUUUUGCAGAACAUAAUGUUGACGCCUCUGUCGGAAUUGGGUCCACCCAAUAUAGAACGCAUUAAAGGCUUUGCGGUGGAUUUCUUUUUGUUGGUACAAAACCAAAGGCAGUUACUGGCCCAGACAACCAAAAACAUCUACGAUUAUCAUCAGACCUUGCAGCAACUCAAGCAAUUGGAAAGCAUACAUCAAUCAUCCAAUGACCAUCAAUUAAGCCGUCUGGAUUUCCAAUCUCUUAGAGAUCAAUAUAACACCCUAAAAUCAUCCUUUAUCCGAAUCCGUUAUGUCUUCGAACAAUUUAAGCUAUUUUGGAAUUGUGUUCCCAAAAAGCAGCAACCCGAAAAUGCCUUAUUCCAAGGAAACAACCUCUUGUUGCAAAACACUGAGCAAUUCAAUGCCAUCCAAAGUCAUGCCCAACAGAUCUUGAAACUCGGCAAAUCCACAUUGAAGGAAAUGCUGGAAAAUAAUCAUGAAUUCCUUUGCCAGGCAAGGUUACAACACUAUCAGGAAGCCCACCAAACCAUUCAAGACACAAUGGCAAGUCUGGUGAAAUGCUUUGAAAUUGCACCCAAGGAAUUCAUGCCCAUUGCCAAGCCGUUAAUUGAUUUAAGUAACUCUUUGCAAGAAACAAAGGAGCAUCUACAAACUCCCACAUCAUCCUUGUCCUUGUCUCUUACCGAGGAUAUCAAGGAAAAUCAUUUGGAAAAUAUAACCCCCGAAUUGGAAAACAUUAUUCACUCCAUUUUAAUGGCAUUGCAAAAACUCUACAAGAAAUAUCCAUCAAAAUCCGCCGCCGAAGACACAAAUAACUCGCCCAAGAGGAAGGAGGAAGACGCCGAAGAUGAUCUGCAAGAACCACACUUGAAAUCGAAAAUCUAUAAGGAGCUCAAGGAUGAUUGGCUGACAAUGCAGGUGGAUGUCAUCAACACCAAACUCUCUAAUAUUCUACUAAAUCUCAAGCUGACCCACCCUCGGCGGAAAAAACUACAACUCAUACAGCAGCUACUCUCAGUUCAGCCGUUACUGGAGCAGUUCAAUUUAAUGGCCGAAUAUUAUUUGCUCCAACAAUUGGGUGCCCAUAAAAUCUCCGUUAAAAUACUCUCCAUUGUCCUGACCGUUUUUGUGGAAAUUUCCACCAAAGGUUUCUGUGUUCCCCAAGACCUGAUGCAAGAUGAACAGGGCGAACAGAAGAAAGACCAAAAGAACGGUGAAGGUUUUGGUUUGGAGGAUGGAACGGGCGAAAAAGAUGCCUCCGACAAAAUUGAAUCCGAAGAUCAGCUGGAAGAUGCCAAGCGACCGGAAGACCGCAAGGAAGAGCAGGACAAGAACGAAGAUCAACAACAGACCAAGGAAGAAAAAGGCAUUGAAAUGAGUGAAGACUUUGAGGGUAAAGCCGAAAAACCUGAUAAACCCGAAGAGGAUGACAGUGGAGAAUCCGAAGACGAGGAGGAGAUGAACAAAGAAAUGGGAGAAACUGAGGAAGGUGCGGAAAAAUUGGAUGAUCAAAUUUGGGGUGACGACGAAGAGGAACAAGAGGAGGAGGAAGAAAAGGAUCUCGAAGAAGAGGAUGACGGCAAGGGGUCCAAAGAUGAAAAAGAUUCCCACAAUGAUCUAAAUUCCAAGGAUGAACAGGCCAAGGACAGUGAGCAAAACAAUGAAGAAGAAACCGGUUUGGAUUCCACCAACGAUCCCAAAGAAGAUAAACGAAAACAACAGGAAAAAGAUAUUGAAGACAUGAAGGAUCAGGAGCAGGAUGAAGAACAAAUGAAUCCCUAUCACAAUGAAUUGGAGGAACCACCAGAGCCAGAAGAAUUUGAUAUGGGUGAUAUGAAUAUGGAUGACAAGGAGGAAAAUGAACAGGACGACAAAGGCGGUGAAGACAACAAUCCCUUCGAUAUUGACACCAUGAAGGAAAAUAUGCCAGAACAGGAGGAAAAAUCCCAAGAAAAUGGCGAUGAAAAUCAGGAAGAGGAGAAUCCAGAAAAAACCGAAGACGAUAGUGAUGACUCAGAUGACGAAACAGGAGAGCAAAAUCAAAUGAAAGAAGAUAAAUCUCAAGAAACCCCAGAGGAAGAGGAAGAAAAUGCCGAAGAUGAGGCAGAGCAGCAAAAAAGAGGAGAAACUAAGGACGAGGAAGAAAAACCCAACGACGACGAAGACCAGACCGAAGAAUCCAAAGAAGAAAAACCUGAAAAUUAUGAACAAUCCAAGGAUAAAUCAAGCAAGGAAGAGAAUGUCCAAUCAACACCCGACACCGAAGUAGAUGGCAGCAAAGAUCAAAUGCCGGCUGAGCAAACGGAAAAGGAUGUACAGCAAGAGCAGACAAUGGAUGAACAGGAUACCGGAGAGGAGAAAGACGGUGUGGGUCAGGCAGAAAAUGAUACAACUGAUGGUGGCCAUCAAGGCAUUGCCGAAACAAAGGAGACCGCCACCCAAGAGGAACGUAAAAACGAAAGAAAAACAGAGGAAAAACGCCGUCAGGGUCAAACAAAUGAAGAGAGAACCUUAGGCGAAGCUGAAAAGAAUAAAAUCAAACAAUUGAAAACCAUUGAUAAGCUCAAUGAAAAACAACAGGACGAUAAUGCCAAGGACAACGAAGAAGACGACCAAGAAAUGGAAGCUGAUGAAUAUCAGCAUGUUAAAGAUCCAAAAGCCAAUGACAAAACCACACUGGACAAUGCCACCGAGGAGCAGUCAAAGAAAAUGCAACAUCUCGAGGAUGAAGAGAAGAAGGACGAUGACGAAUUGGAGGGUGAAACAAAUGAAAAUAUGGAUUUAGAUGAGACACCAGCUCCCCAGGACGAACAGGAGGAAAAUCUGGAAGAAAUGUCUGCCGAAAAGUUGGAAAAGAAUAAUGAUAAACCAUCGAAAUCAUCGGAGAAGACUAAUGAACGUGCCGAAACACAAGAAGAAAUGGAAAUUGAGGGCGAAGUUGUACAGACAAUUACGGUGCCGAGGAGCAAUGAUACCACAGCCCACUGCAACACUGAAUUACUCAUAAACGACACUACAAAUGUUGAAGAUAUGACAACAGCCGAAUCGUUGGAAUUGAGAAAGCUGUAUCAACAACAAGUUACCUCCCAAAAACCCUCCGCUGCCACUAACGAUGACCAAGAGUCAUGGCAAGUGAUAUCGAAUCGUAUGACACAAAACGCCCGAGACUUGUGCGAACAGUUGCGCUUGAUUUUGGAACCCACAAAAUGUACUCGUCUAAAGGGUGACUAUCGCACUGGUCGUCGUAUAAAUAUGAAGAAAAUCAUACCCUAUAUUGCAUCACAAUUCCGCAAGGAUAAAAUUUGGUUGAGACGAACAAAGCCGGCACAACGUGAUUAUAAAAUUACCAUAGCCAUUGAUGACUCGAAAUCAAUGCAUCAUAACAAUUCUAAAACACUGACAUUGGAAGCAAUAUCUUUGGUUUCCCAGGCCCUAACACUGCUGGAAAGUGGUCGUUUAAGUGUGGUAUCAUUUGGUGAACAACCACAAAUUUUACUAAAUCACACCGAGCAAUUCGAUGGUCCUAAACUGGUGAAUUCUUUGCAAUUUUCACAAGAUAAAACCAAAAUUGCCGGAUUGUUGGAUUUCAUAAGGACCGUGAAUGCUGAGGAGGGUGCCAUGGGCAGCUCAGACAAUGGUCUUUUUGAAAAUCUUUUAUUGAUUUUAAGUGAUGGACGUAACAUAUUCAGUGAAGGCAAAAUGAAGGUCAAGAAUGCCAUUAAAUUGGCGCGACUCCAGAGAAUUUUCCUGGUCUAUAUUAUUAUUGACAAUCCGGAUAAUAAAAAUUCCAUUCUGGAUAUCCAAACCAUGGAAAUGUUGCCAGAUAAACGUAUCAACAUUAAAUCGUAUUUAGAUGAAUUCCCCUUCCCCUACUAUGUUAUUGUAAGAGAUCUUAAUCAAUUACCUUUAGUUUUAAGCGAGGCCAUGCGUCAAUGGUUUGAAAUGGUCAACAGUGAACAGUAAAGAUUUUUACAAAUUGAUACACAAGUUAAUCUUUUAUGCAAUAAGUCUGUAAAUUUGUAUAUAAAUAAAAAAAUGUUUACAUUUUGUUAACAAAAAUUUAAAA